AUGUCCCUCGUUAAUCUGGCCCAUGUCUGCUCGCAUCUGCAAAAUGCAUCGCUGGCUCGACUCGGCCUCACUUCAAUACCGUACACCAAGCUACACCUCUCUUUAGCACUGCUACUGCACAAGCAGGGGUUCUUGUCUCAAGUCAAGCUGGGCGGGCCUUCACCACCAGCCUCCUGCUUUCCAGCAGCCACACCUGACAACCACAGCAUUACCGCCGCACCGCAUCGAGAUCGCAGUCCACGCUCACCUGAAGCAGCGCUGUACGAUGUAGUGUACAAGGGACAAACGGAGGAGCAGUUGCGGCGGGAAGGCUUCGGCGAAGAAGCGAUACAGUUCGCAUUAGAGCACCCAAAUCGCGCAUCGAGGCGCUUAUGGUUGGGAUUGAAGUAUUGGGACGGUAUGCCUGUGUUACGAAAAGCGCAGAUGGUGAGCAAGCCCACUAAGCGGAUAUGGCUGGAUUCGCGGGACUUAGGACGGUUGGUGAGAGGAAGGGCUGCUGGGCAGGUGAAACCGAUAACAAGGAUCGGUGAGAUCCUGGCGGUGACCACGGAUAAGGGUAUCAUGGAUGCGAGAGAGUGCGUAGAGAGGCAGAUUGGGGGGAUGCCGUUGUGUCGGAUAUGGUAG